AUGAUAAAGGAAAAUGAUAGAUAUGGUGAAGAUAGUAGAUACUCUAUUUAAAACUAAACAGAAUCAACAGAAUAUGAAAGAAUGAUAAUAUAAUUAUAGAAUUAGAUUGAAACACUUAAUGAUAGGUUAUUAGAAAAUAGUUUUACAAAUUUGGAGCUAAAAUAAACAAUUAAAAAACUUGAAAUGCUUGAAUAAGAAAAAGAAGGAAAAAUAAAAUAAUUAAAUGCUAAAAUGUAAAAUAAUUAUGCUAUAUAGAGAAUUAAUAAAUAAAGCCUAAAAAGAUAAAAGAAAUAGACAUUUGAAAGAGAUUUAUAGUCUUAAAAAGUUUACAUAUCAAAUUCUUUAAAGAUAUGUGAGUCAUCAAAUUUAUGAUGAGAAUGAUGAAAACUUUUAUGAUUAUGAAUCAAAUAUUGAGAAUAUUAUUGAAGAAAUUAUUCAAUCAUAAAAAUGUUAAAUUGUUUAAAUAAGAAAAUCAUUUGAACCUAUUUUAUAGUAAUAAUAAAUAGUUAUUUAAAAUAAUGAUUAUCAUAAUUUGGAAUAAUAUUUUAAAGAUGUAGUAAUCUAAAUUAAAAAUAAAUUUUAAAAUACUUAAGAGUAAAUAUUUAUUGUAUUUUAGUAUUAAUUAAUAUAGUUACAAUUAAUCCAAUAUGUAUGAAGAAUUGAAACGUUUAAGAUUAGCAUUAAAUCUAUUUAUCAAUGAUUCUGUAGUGAUGAUUAACAAUUAAUUAACAUAAAAGCGUUCAUUUUGUAAAGUACAAAAAUCAAUAAGUAUAUUUUAUAGAAUAUUGAGGAUAAUAAAAAUUAUUGUACAGAAAUUUAAACUAUGCUUAAUAGUAUAACUAAAAAUUUAGAUUAAUUUGAGAUAAGUUUGUAAUAAUUAUCUAAAGUAUUUAAAAAAAUUAUCUAAUUGGUUAUUUGAAUGAUGAUUUUUUUAUAUUUAUAAUUAUGAAUGAAAGAGAUAUCCUUAUUGAUGUAAAUUAAAAUCUUUUUUUAAGCAAAAUCCUCCAUCUCAUAAAUAGUUAAUUCAUAAAAUAGCCAAAAAUACUGAAUAUACUAUAAAAAAAGCUAUGAUAAGUGCAAAUGCAGUUGUUGAAGGAGGUGCUAAGAAUCCGUCUCUGCCUAAUGAAGUUCUUAUUAUUCAAGAAAAUUAAAUGAAAUUUUUAAUAAUGCUUACAACACUAUAAUUUUUUGGUUAUAGAAUUAUUUACUAUUUAUGAGGAAAUAUCUAUAAUAGUUUUAUUAGUAUUAUUAGUGAUUUAUGUAAUAACAUUAGUAGUUGGAUAAUUCGAAUAGGAUAUUACAUAAAAAUUUCCUAAAAAUAUUAUUUUAUUUGUAUUAUAAAUGUAUUAAUCAUUAUAUAGAUCAUCAAUUCAUUAUCAAGAAUAUUUUGGAUAGCUUAUUUAGUAGUUUUGAUUGAUUUCAUAAGAUUUGAAUUGAUUUAAUUAUUAAUAUUCAUUAAUCUACUUUUGAUGAUAAUUUUUUUUCAUUUAGAUAGGAAAUCAAACAUCAAAAACUGUUUUUUAAUAAAAAAUUAAUUAUUAAGGUAAUUUAUUCAUAAAAUAUAUUAGAAUAAUUAUAGUAGUUAUUCUAGAAUUUGGAGGAGUUUAUUCAGUAUUAUUUUUUAAUGAUUUUUAAACUGCAAUUCUUUGGUAAUUUCCUAAAUAAUUAGGUUUUUGAUUGUAAUUACAAUUUAUUUAGGAUGCUAUUAGAAAUAUAAUUAAUUGAAUUCCGUAAACAAUUAUAUAAAGAUGAUAACAUUUGGUAUUUUGCAGCUAUCAUUUUUGAUGGAGAUAAGAUAUUCCCUUGUUUCUUUGUAAAUAAGCAUUUAUUAAAUGAAGAUUUCGAUAGUAUUUUAAUAUGA